CAUGGCGCUGUCUCCGACGCCGCGCGCGCUUCUUUUCGAUGUCUUCGGUACCUGCGUCAACUGGCGCAAGACGAUUGUUGGUGCCCUGUGUGGCCAGGCUCACCAGUCGCUCAACGCCGCCACGGCAUCGCUAGCCUCUCGGGUUCGACUGAGAGCGUCUGAGAUGACUGAGGAGGAUUGGGGCCGCUUUGCGCAAGAGUGGAGAGACUGCUACAAGGCCUUUACCCAGAAACUGGCAUCCGACCCUGCCCUGCCGUGGAUGUCCAUCGACGAGCAUCACCACCAGUCGCUCCAGGAGCUGCUUGCCCGGUGGGGGCUUGAGGGCCUCUGGGACGAUGCUCAGGUUCGUGCUUUGAGCCUCGCGUGGCAUCAGCUGGAGCCGUGGCAAGACUCUGCGGCCGGUGUGCAGCUGCUGAGCCAGCGGUUUGCAACGUGCACCCUUUCCAACGGCAACGCGAGCCUCCUCUCCGACCUCCGUGUCUUCUCAGGCAUUCCCUUUACGCACGUCUUUUCGGCCGAGAUGUUUGGCACCUACAAGCCCUCUGCAAAGGUCUACCUCGGCGCCGUGGAAGCGCUAGGCCUUGGGCCGGCCGAGUGUGUCAUGGUAGCCGCUCACCUGGCCGAUCUCCAGGCUGCAAAGGCAAACGGCCUGCAGACCAUCUAUGUCGAGCGCCCGGGCGAGGAGGACUGGAGCGCCCAAGACAUUGAAAAGGCACGAAAGGCCGGCUGGGUGGACCUGUGGGUGGAUUUGCGCAAAGGCAAUCGAGGCUUCAUCACCGUGGCAGAAGCGCUAGGCAUCCCCGUGGCAGAGGGCGACGACGGCAGAAACUGAGCACACCUUUCUUCCCAGUGGAUAAAUUUAUUUGGAAUGCACUAGUCGGGACUGCUUGUUUCUCGUGCGCGUGAAAGAUACGGUGGUUUCGGUGUG